AUGGAGUAUGACGUUUAUGUUCAGCAUACUUAUGAAGGCAAUAUGAUUAUGACAUGUCUCAAUGUUGAUUGCAUAUUGCUAACAAGGAGUAGUGAACGCGUGAUAGCUAAGUUCAAGAAGAUGCUAAUGAAUGAGUUUGAGAUAAUAGAUCUAGUAAAGAUGACAUAUUUCCUAAGGAUGGAGUUUAUGUAUUAUGAGAAGGGUGUCUUUUUGCAUCAGCGAAAAUAUGAACUUGAGCUUCUGAUGAGAUUCGAGCUACUGAGUUGUAAAGUUGUUGUCACACCUGCAGAGACAGAUCACAAAUUGGAUUUUGAUUCUAAAAUGGAUGAUGUAGAUGUUACAACUUUCAAGUUGUUGGUUGGCUCUCUGAGGUAUUUGUGUAAUACCAGACCUGACAUUUGCUAUGUAGUUGGAAUGAUUAGUAGGUUCAUGAGUAAACCAAAGUGGUCUCAUUACUAA